CGGCCGUGUACACACUGUAUGCUGUCAGUGGUCAGGUAAGACUAAUGAGAAAGCUUAGUGAUUAUUUGACUAAUUUGUGAGUGUCAGUCUGCCGAGAAGAUAUGGGUCCACGGCCCUGAGCAUGUAGCCGGGUAGAGUCUCUGCCGAGAGCGGGCAUGAUAUGAGAAGCUCUCUGGUGAUGAGUGUGAAGCAGUGUCUCGAGGGUCAGGUGUACUCGGUGCCUCUGAUCCAGUCAGACCUGAGGAGGGAGGAGGCUGUUCACCAGAUAGCAGAUGCCCUGCUCUACCUAGAGACCAUCUCUACUGACAUCUUUACCAGGGUAUCUGAGAGUGUAGAGCGGAAUCGCUGUCAGCUGCAGAGUGUGACAGAUCGGAUCAGGCUGGCCCAGGCCCGCGUCGACAAGAUCAAAGGCAGCAAGAAGGCCACCAAGGUGUUCUCCAGUGCUAAGUAUCCAGCUCCAGAUCGUCUCCAGGAUUACUCCUCCAUCUUCAGUGGAGCCACAGACCCCGCCUCCCAAACACGCCCCCGAUACCACAUACAGGCCAAACUACGACCCCUUGAUGACAAGGCCCUGCAGGAGAAGUUGUGUUAUUACCCGGUGUGUGUGAGCAGUAAGAAGCGUUCGGAGGAUGAGACCGAGGAGGGCCUGGGCGGUCUGCCUCGAAACAUCUCCUCUGUCAGCUCCCUGCUGCUGUUUAAUACUACAGAGAACCUGUAUAAGAAGUAUGUGUUCCUGGACCCCCUGGCGGGGGCGGUGACUAAAACACACACCACCCUGGAGACAGAGAAGGAAGAGAAACCAUUUGACGCUCCGCUAUCCAUAACCAAGAGAGAACAGCUGGAGAGACAGACAGCAGAGAGUUACUUCUAUGUUCCAGACCUGGGUCAGGUCCCAGAGAUAGAUGUCCCCUCCUACCUACCAGACUUGCCAGGCAUCGCUGACGACUUGUCCUACAGUCAAGACCUGGGGCCAGGCAUCGCACCCUCUGGACCAACACACACCUUCCCUGAACUACCGACCUUCACUGGGGAGGACAUGUCUGGUUCUCAGUUCCAAGUUGCAGUCCCACCUCCUCCGCCUCCUCCCCCACCAGAGCCCACACACACCCCCGCCCCUCCCCCUGGUCUCCCCCCUCCCCCACCUCCUCCCCCACCUCCUCCCCCACCUCCACCUGCAGACAGCCCUGCCGACCCCAACCGCACUCGGAGCACAGCUCCUGUAGCGGGGGCUCCCAGUGAGGUGGUUGAAUCAAACAGCCGGGCCAGUCUACUAGAGUCCAUCCGCAACGCUGGAGGCAUCGGCAAGGCCAAACUACGCAACAUCAAAGAACGCAAGAUGGAAAAGAAGAAACAGAAGGAACAGGAACAAGUGGUAGCAGCAGCCAGUGGAGGAGACUUCAUGUCAGAUCUUUUCAAUAAGUUGGCCAUGCGAAGGAAAGGUAUCUCUGGUAAGGGUCCUGGAGGCGGGGACUCUGGGGAGGGCCCAGCUGGUUCUGGCAGCGCAUUCGCUAGGAUGUCCGAUGUAAUCCCGCCUCUUCCUGCCCCCCAUCAGCCAACCGCUGAAGAUGAGGACGACUGGGAGGCCUAACAACUGAGACUAGCCAAUCAGAACCAAUGGAACUCUGAGCACAUAUCGGGAACGCCACUGGUUUCUUUGCGGAUUAUAUGAUUGUUUGACCAUAGUGACGUGGUCCCUACGUUUUGCAAUCAGCCACACUUCCAGUGUCUGCCAUGUAUUUGACCCAGGUGUAUUCUAUAGUUCGGUGACUCCCUCUGCUGGCUUUCUGUAGUUCUGAUCAACACACAGGAACCAUCAUGGACUGAUCUUUACUGAGAAAAUGAAAGGACAAACAACUACAGGAGAAAAGUCAGACCUCAUCUCAGCAUUGUAAAGAUGUUUAAUAAAGUAACAUGUAAAUAUUACAUCAUGUGUAACACCACACUAAAGUAGCAGAACAUUUCAAUCAGAAUGUUAACACAUUUCAUUCAAUAAAUGGCUUUUUGCAUUUAAAAACAAAA